AGUUUAAAAUUGCUGCACCAACUGUACAUUAUAAGUAGUCUCCUUCCACCUUGAUGCAUAGCAUGCUUUUUUUUCAAACAUACUUAGUCUAGCCAAGAUCCCGAACCCUAUCAGGCCCGUAGUAUCAGGCUCGUGACUGCAGUGCUGUGUGGGUGGCUGUGCUCCGAAGAACCACCAUUUGCGGGUCACGACCAUAUUUCACCGCCCUCUGCAAGCUUUCCGUUCGACUACUCAUCGUGGCCCGUGCUGGCCACCUUUCAACGCUUAUUUCCUUUCGCCUUCUUCUCAAGAACACAACAAUCCCGCAGGAGUAAUACCCUCCCUAUCCCUCAGUCUAGGCAUAGCCCCCCUCAAACUUCAAACAUGCCUUCGGACAGCCCCCCGCCAACCAAAGCCGGUCUUCUCAAGUGGUGGACUCAAUUCACCCAUGCUCAGAAUCGCAAAAAAGAUUCAGAUCAGGAGGAACAUCCAGAGAGUCUGAGAUAUGCAAGCGUGCAGAUUUCGACUGCAAAUGCAAAUGGCGAGCUCUAUAUUUGGGGGUACAUACCUGUCGUUGUGGCGAAAUGUGGCCUUUAUCUCAAAGAAAAUGCUACAGAGGUGGAGGGGACGUUUCGUGUCAACGGUUCUACUAAGCGCAUGCGAGAUCUACAAGCCGCUUUCGAGACACCGCCACGGUACGGAAAAUCGUUGGACUGGAAAAAUGAACACUUUACAACACAUGAUGUCGCAAGCGUCUUUCGUAGAUAUUUAACUCAAAUGCCUGAACCCGUAAUACCACACGAUAUGUAUCACGACUUCCGGGAUGUUUUGGGAAAGAAACCAUUCAACCAUGAUGAAGUUAUUGCAACGUACAAGCGUCUAAUCCAACGUAUGCCCCGCGCAAACCAAUACCUUCUUCUCUAUGUAUUGGAUCUAUUAUCAGUAUUUGCACGAAAAUCAGAUAAAAAUCUUAUGACAGCCACAAAUCUCGCGGUAAUUUUUCGGCCUGGCCUUAUAUCCCAUCCUACCCAUGAAAUGUGUCCUGGGGAACAUGCGCUAAGCCAACGUGUUCUCGAGUUUCUCAUUGCGCAACAGGAUUGGUUCUUACUCGACAUACCACCGCCACCACGAUCGGAGCAGGGCUCUUCGUGGAAGCCUCCACCACGACCCCACCACGCACACACACAGGUACCAAGUGAGGAAGACUCGGAUCUUGUUGUUGUACCUAGUUCAGAUGACGAGCCCACGUCAAUUACUGGGGGCUGGAAGCUUGUCGGCCGUGACAGACGGCGCAUUUACAGGCGCCGCACAACGCUAGAACACACUGGUCCGCUCGACAGAACAGAAGAUGUUGAUGGUGGGCAAUUGUCGCCUGUCCUGGAGACCCCAGCACCACGCCCUGUAAGCCAAGCUUCAGGUCCUGCAGUGAGCCGAAGUCGGACGCUUCCCUCCAAUCGAGGAAGCACGGACGACGAGAAACACCGUGCUAGGGUGCUAAGAAAACAGAAGCGAGCAUCAGCUCAGCCGCGACCUGGGGGCCAUGCAGGAGGGUAGGAUGAGUGAGAUGUGGGUGAGAUGGAGUUACAUCUGGAAGUUUGUGAUAUUGAUAUACUUCGAGGCGGGCACGGCGUUGUUGUGCCGAGCUCCCGAUCGCCCAUUUGUUAUUAUUGUUUUUUUCUUUUCCUUUUUACCGGUUUGGACAGUUGCCAUCUCAGUUUUCUAUGUAUACUUUAGGGCUACUUACUUGGGGAGAUAACAAGGACAGUUAUUUUCAUGCCGCCGACCAGGUCCGGUCAGGGCAGAUGUUAACAU